AGGUCAGGGGAGGGACUGAAACAAUCAGAUGAGAUGCAGAAUCACUGCAGAGUAGGAAGGGAUCUCCAGGGUCAUCUAGUCCAACCCCCUGCAAUGCAGGGAUGUCAUCUAAAGCAUACCAUGACAGAAACAACAAUCUGGAAAACUAAAGGAAAUAACUUUACACAUUUUUGAGCCAAAGGCCGUGAAAGCUGGAAAUGUGGGGAGGACGGCUCAUCUGGCGGUGAGGAGGGGCAGCUACCUCGCCACCCACCCCCAAUGCCCUGAAUCCUCUCCUUGAGUAACACCAGGCAGCGCGGGUGUGGGAUGAGGUUUCGCUUCUCGCACCGACUUGCCUCACCUUAUCUGUCCUCCUUUUGCUCCAGAGGGAGCCGCGCCAAGUCACGAGGCGCAAGACAGAGCAACUCCCCGCUUGGCGCCCGUCCACGGGAUCGUGCCCUGCCCGGGAAGGCACUACCCUGGCGAGGAUCCGACAAGGUACUGGGCACCUGCGGAGCACCGAGAGAGAGGAGCUGGCGGCUGCAACUCCUCCGGGUCCUGAGCCAUUCAAGUCGCGAUGACAUAGGAGAGAAGUUUCAAUCCAGAGCCCACUUCCGGGCAAAUCUGUCUGGGGAGGUGGACGUGAAGCAGGCGGCUGCUCUAGGCGGGGACUAUGUAGGUGUUUGGCCUAUGGGCCUCUUCUCCUCCCUGAAGCCAGAGAAAAAGUUCCGCAGGCUGAUGAAACGCAACGUGACAGGCAGCCCUUUCCGCGUCCAGGUCAGCCUCUUUGGCUCUGUGGUAUUAGUUCCUUCACCCAACGAUGUACCACUGGCCACUUGCACUGUGGAGAGAUGGUACGCAGCCCAUGGAGUGGAACGUGUCCAGGUCAAAGAAGGCAAAGUUCGGGGCGCCCUUUUCUUGCCACCAGGGCCUGGGCCGUUUCCAGGGGUGAUUGACCUAUUUGGUGGGUCUGGAGGUCUCAUUGAGUUUCGAGCCAUCCUACUGGCCAAUAGAGGCUUUGCUGUUCUAGCUCUGGCUUUCUUUGGCUAUGAUGACCUCCCACAGACCCUAGAAGAAGUGGACCUGGAAUAUUUUGAGGAAGCAUCCACACUACUCUUAAAACAUCCCAAGGUCAGAGGCCCGGGCCUUGGAGUCGUUGGGCUGUCCAAAGGAUCGGAAAUCGCACUGGCCAUGAUUACCUUCUUAGACCAGAUCGUGGCUGCUGUGUGCAUCAAUGGUGCCACAGGCAUGAGAGGUGCAUCACUUCGCUUUCGUGACGUCUAUAUCCCUGCCAUCCCUUAUGCUGUUGAGAAGGUUCUCAUCACUGAAAUGGGGACAAUGUCCUCUUACCACGUCAUGGAAGAUCCUUUGGAUGAAAGACAUCACUCCUCUGCCAUCCCUCUAGAGAAGGCCCAAGGGCCCGUGCUCUUUGUGGUGUCAGAAAGCGACCAAAGCCUAAACAGCAAGUUAUUUGCUGAGGCGGCCAUAGCCAGAGCAAAGCAGCAUGGGAAAAGGAACUGUGCUUUGCUGUCGUAUCCGGGGGCUGGGCACCUCCUAGAACCCCCCGGUUCCCCGCUUUGCUACUGCUCUGCUUUCCGGAGUAUUUCCUUGCCUAACCAAUGGGGAGGUGAAGUGGAACUGCACGCCAAAGCCCAAGAGCACUCCUGGAAGGAGAUCCAAAAAUUCCUCGAGCUUCAUCUUGGCCCGGUUGGAAAGAGCAAUUUCUAAUAGCGGAAGGAAGGAAAGCCAGCUCAGGUGACGUAUUCUAGUUCUCCAGACUUGAUCCAAUGAAUCAGCCCACACACGGAAGACCGUCGGAGUGAGAAUAUCCCUGUGACAUGGUAUUUCGAGAGCACUCAUCAGAAAGACAAUUGCGUGACCAGAAGCCUGUGACAGUGUUAGGCCUCUGCGAACUGCAUCCAGUUCUUUUGCCUGUCUCAUGCUUCUUGGGGGGGGGGGUGAUUGAGGCCCCUUUCCUACA